AAGCAACUAAUGACUUCUCAUCAGCUAACUUGAUUGGCGAAGGAAGUUUUGGCUCUGUUUAUAAAGGAAUCAUGGGUGACAAUGGAAUGCUAGUUGCAGUGAAAGUGUUGAACCUUAAGCAAAAAGGAGCAUCCAAGAGUUUUGUGGCUGAGUGUGAAGCUAUGAAAAACAUUCGUCAUCGGAAUCUAAUCAAAGUUUUGACUGUCUGUUCCAGCAUAGACUUUAAAGGGGUCGAUUUCAAGGCUAUAGUGUAUGAGUUCAUGCAAAAUGGAAACUUGGACGAGUGGCUGCAUUCAAAUGAAGUCAAAGUGGGAGUUCGGAAUUUCGGUUUCAUCAAGAGACUAAACGUAACAAUUGAAGUUGCACAUGCAAUUGAGUAUCUGCAUUACCACUGCCAACCAACAAUUGUUCAUGGUGAUCUCAAGCCAAGCAAUAUUCUACUUGAUCAUGAAAUGGUUGCUCAUGUGGGUGAUUUUGGACUGGCAAGAUUCCUCAUUUCCUCAAAGAAAUCAAGCUCCCUUGGUAUAAUAGGGACCAUAGGCUAUGUUGCUCCAGAAUAUGGAAUGGGUGGAAAGGCAUCUAUGGCAGGUGAUGUGUUCAGCUUCGGGAUUCUCUUGUUGGAGAUGAUUACAGGGAAGCGACCAACUGAUGCAACAUUCAAAGAUGGCCUGAACCUUCACCAAUUUGCCAAGCUAGCAUUGCCAGAACAUGUGAUGGACAUUGUUGAUCCUUCAUUGCUGCAGGAACUUCAAAGUACAGAUGAAAAUGUUGUGGAUACACGAAGAGACAGAAGAGAAAGGAAAGUCAGUAUCAAGGAGAUCCUCAUUACCUUUACAAGAAUAGGAGUUCUCUGCUCAAUGGAUUCUGCAAAUGAUCGAAUGGAGAUGAAAGAUGUGGUUGUAGAAUUAUGUAUUAUUAGAGAUAAGUUUCUUGGUAAUCAUUCAUAGAUUUUGAUGAAGGAAUCAAAGUAAGCUCUCUUUUUUUGGAAAAACUUUCGUUUACCUUAGUCUUUUAGCUUUUCUGCUAUGUCUGGUGUGAUUUUAUUUCUACUGGAAUGUUGGUACCAAACUUUAAGAAUUCUACUUGUGUGGGUUGCUAGCUGAGUUCAGAUGAUAAUGAACGCAAUGCAGAAGA